AUGUGGACAAACAGGCAAAUGAGGUCCUAUUUUGGCAUGACAGCCCACUUCAUUGUUGAUUUUCAGUUAAUGAGUGUGAUGCUUGCCUGUUGCCGAUUCUCCAGUUCUCAUACAGGAGAAGAAAUGCUAGAGCACUAUGAAGAUGUCAAACAUGCGUUUGGGAUUAAAGGAAAGGUUGACAAUAUUGUCACUGACAAUGAGCUAGAAGACACUGAUGAUGAAGACGAGUUACAACCAGUUGAGGAUUUAUCUGAUGAUGACCUGCAUUUUAUUAAGCCAAACCAUUAUUGUUGCUUUGCACAUACUAUCCAGUUGGUCAUAAAAGAUGGACUAGUAGGUGCUGACCAAGUUAAACGUGUGCUAGGAAAGGCAACAAAAUUAGUUAGUCAUCUUAGGCAUUCUACUUUUGCAUCUGAGUUGUUUGAGGACAUUGGUCGCUUACAGUCAGGAAAUGUCACCUGGUGGAAUUCACAGUUAACAAUGCUGAAAUCUAUAGUUAAAGUAUCUGACUCAACCGCUAUGCAACAGCUUGACUAUAAUGAAAUACUAACACCUUUCAAAUGGGCAACCAAUUUGACUCAAGGACAAAAUGUUGUCAUUCGUGGACUACGAAUUGAAAUAGAUAACUUUUGUCAAAAGUUUAACUCAAGAUUUACAACAAAUCUAAAAGCGUCAUUUGAGAAGCAAAUGUUUAAAUAUGACAAUGAAGAAAUAUUCAAGAUUGCUGCUGUUUUAGACCCAAGAUGGAAAAUGGCCUGGUGUAGUGAAGAUGAAUCAGUUGAGUUGAAACACAUCUUAGUUCAGAAAGUUCGGUCUGAAUUACAUGACUUACAUGCAACAUAUUUAGAAGAAACAAAAACAGCCCCUGAAAUGCUUCCUCCACCCAAAAAGGUCUCAAUGCUAUUUGAAUUUAUGCAGGCUAGAGCUAGCGUGUCCACAUCGCAAAGUGAUAUUGAUCCUAUUAUACAUCAGCUUGAAGAAUAUAUUUCUUUGCCUAAUCUAGACGAAAAAGAAAAGCCCCUUUUUGAAAAGAGAAAGAAGCUAAUUAUCCAGAAUUAG